GCUCCAGCCUGCCGCCCCUUCGCCAGUCGGCGCAGGAACACUGCUUGCGGAGUGUGCGCAGGUCGUGUUGCGCUAGCCCUAAGGACCAACGGUGACAAGGUUGCCGAACAGCGCAUCGUCGUCACAGCCAGCUCAAAGCCCCUCAUUCCUCCCCCUCUGAAAGGACCAGCAACGAGCACAACAUACUGCAGCCCGGCCUCAGGACCUCCUCCCCGCUAUCCCUUACCGUCUUUUUAGACGCGCCAGCGAACCAACCCUUGUUCGGCGACCGCAUCACCGCCCACCAUGUCGCAAUUCUUUGAGAAUCUUUGGAACUCCAUCUUCACCCCCGGGCCCACCCCCACCCUCCUCGUCGCCACAAACGCCAGCUUCGCGGCCCUUCAGAUCACCCUCUUCGGCCUCUUGGUCGCAACGUACAGCAUACAUUUCGUCAUACUUUCAUUCCUGUGCGGCGGAUUAUGGUGGGCUAUCAACUGGUUUGCCAACGAGCUCCGGCUCGCCAACGAGAAGGAGGAGGCCGCGAAGAGGAUCAGGGAAAGACGAGGCAAAGAGAGCGGCCGGAGCAAGGACGGCGAGAGCUCGGUGGCCACCAAGGUUAGCGCCGCCGAGGGCAGGGAAGGCGGCGAGGGAGAGGGCAUGGACACCGGCGACGACACGGAGACGGAGACGGAGGAUCUCAAGAAGAGCAUUCAUAGCAGUGCUAGCGCCGAUGCGUCGCCGGCGCAAACGAACAUCGCAAGUGCAGGCGCGGGCACGACGACGGGCGCACAGCCCAGCCUUGCACCCACGAGCGACGAUGCUUUGACGAGGAGAAAGGCCUCGGCGGAGGGCGCGGAGAGCAGCACAGACAGCGAGUGGGAGAAGGUUGAGGAAGAAGGUGAAGGAUAUGGCCGUUUGGGUGGGAUCAAGCGUGUCGGGUAA